AUGAUCAUUAUAUUAAUCACAUGGAGUAUAAUCUAUGUCAUUACUCCUAAUCCUACUACUCAUUGGAUAGAUGAUCCAUUGACUAAAAAUAGUUCCUCGGAAAAGAAAAUUCACAUUGUGAUCUUAUUUGAUGGUGAUCGAGGUCUACAAUAUUUGAAUAGUCUUCUGAAAUCUAUUUUCUAUCAUCAAAAUGGAAGAUUUCGAUGUGAUUUAAAGGCUUGUUGUCAUUCAAACUUUUGUGAUCGGUUUAUGAAUGAUUGUCAAACUGUUAUGAACAAUGUGUCAACAACAUAUACAACUGUAUUUCAUUUCUUAAUAACGUCGAUUUCAUUAAAUAGUCAGUUGUUGAAUUUGAUGAAUACAUGGAAAUUACAUAAUAUGGAAUAUCAUUUCUACAGUUGUGGUAAUCAUCUGGUAAUUAUACUAGACAUUGAUAUAUUACUUAAUACAGAUAUUAUUGAAUUAUGGAAUCAUUUUGAUUAUUUUAAAGAAACUCAGAGCAUAGGUAUUGGAUUAGAACAAAAUCCAUAUUUUCAAGAAGUUAUGACCAAAUUAGAAAGCAAUUGGAAAGGUUAUGGAUAUAAUAACGGUGUUCUGUUACUUCAUUUGUCUAAAUUACGAUCAACCAAUUGGAAUCAUCUAUGGUUGAGCAUAACUAGAAGAGCUAUUAAACGUCAAGGUUACUUAAUCACUGAUGAACAGCCUGAGGAUGAUGAUGAUGAUGAUACGUAUCUAAACAAGCUCUCAACUGCGAAUCAAGAUAUUUUUGACUGUUAG